CUUUGCGCUUUCUUUUGCCCUGUCGACAUAUACGAUCGACAGCAUAGUCUUACACGACGGCAAUCUCGACGUGUCUCGUCUGGAACAAUCCGAGACUGAUCAGUCCUGGGACUGGGAACUACCAAUCGAGAACUCUGUCAACUGUACAAGUCAAACAUAUCGAUCUAUGUCGUUCCCGCGUUACCAAGAUUCAAGGAACUAGCGCCGAGCUAUUGCCAAGUUCGAUGCUCACGAGCCGGGUUCGAGACGUCCAACCCUCUGGCAGCGGGUUCCACAGCUUCAUUGAAUCUUGUGCUGCACCAGGCCACCCACGCAUGUCGAAUCCAUUCAACGUCUCUCCGUCGACGCACACAGAUUGGGUGGGCACCUCACCAUAUUCAUUGCAACAUGGAUCUUCUACCACGGGGGCCCUGACCAAACCGGAGCCAGAUCAGAACUACGACAGUAGAGCGCAAAGCCCGGUCUCAACGUGCAAGGACGACGAAGUGGAAUCAUCGAUGCAUGCAAACCGGUUCUCGGAGGCACAGGUCCCUCAAUCACUGAAUGAAGCAACCUCAGCGCACACGUUGCGUCAGAAUAUGCCUCAGGAGUACAGUGUAGACCGGGACAUUGUACAACAGCAUGGAAAUACAGACUUUGUACAUGGUGACGGUAUCAACAGUACGUCUCCGGGCCAUGGAUCUAUUCGACACGAGGAUUCCUUCGUGGAUUUCAAGGCCGAGGACGAAGACGAGGGCAUGGAGGACGACGAAGACGGCUGUGCCGAACCGCUCGACCGCCCCAUGACAGCUGCUGAAAGAAGCGCCGCUAGGAGGAAGAUGAAGCGUUUCCGGCUUACACAUCAACAAACAAGGUUCUUGAUGAAUGAGUUUAUCAAGCAACCUCACCCAGAUGCUGCGCACAGAGAGAGGCUCUCCAGGGAGAUACCGGGCCUUAGCCCCCGUCAAGUGCAAGUUUGGUUCCAGAACAGACGUGCGAAAAUAAAGCGACUCAGUGCUGAGGACAGGGACAGAGUCAUCAAGAUGAGAGCUGUCCCCGAGGGCUUCAACAGUGCACAGGCACUCCACUCUCCGUACGGUGCUGUCCCAGGCCUUGCACCAAAUCUGACUCCGACCAGCAUGAGCGGCCAGCAGACAGGCAGCCAUUUAAACAGACCUCUGAUGGUGGAUGUCCAGAGACCCCAGGCAGAUACGAACACCUCGCCUACAGGACUCACGCCCGCCUUUGAUACAACCGGGUUCCGCGCUUCCAGCAGCACCAACGAUGACUUGGUAUCGCCUCUGUCUUCAUCGUCGGCGGAAAGAGGACAAGCCCAUAGCAUCCAGUAUCCUCCCAGGUUCGGGUCUGCAAGCCACAGUACCGGCCCUUUGUCCGCUGGGGCCCUCCAUAGCACGUACCAGCUAGGGCAGUACGGCAGCAGAAGCUUACAUCCGCUGAAUCUGCAAGACUUAUCGUCGCGGUCUCGAGUUGACUCUUUGCAAUCACCCUCGAGGUCGAAUUUGGCAUGGCAGGACAAUCCCUUGCAGUAUCCCGAAUGGAAGGUCGGGGCGCAUGAAGGAAGCACGUCAGAACGCCAACAUGCCCAGUAUUCAGUGGGCGGCGAUGCUCAAAGCUCUGAACACUAUGCGAACGACAACUACUCCGCCCGAGCGUUUGCGAUGAACAACAACAUGGCAUACGCGCCUAAAGACAUGGUAUCUUCGGAUCGACCUCGACUACGGGCCACCUCUGCGACGUUCCCCCUGAAUCUCGACCUCGAGGACCAAUAUCGGCCACAGGGCUCCCAGUCGAGGGCCUCGGAUCGUCUCAGUGUCUCGUUAUCAGACCCCUCGACGCAAUAUACGAAUCCAAAUAUAUAUACCACAAGCUAUCCACCGGCGCCACUCACCGCGCCACUGAGCUCUACAUAUUCUCGCGCGAAUGAUGCCAAAAGCCAUCUCGCCGGGCCUCCCCCACGCGCCGGGACUGCUUCGAGCUCCAGAGCGACUGAGUAUUUACUUGCGCCUCACAGCAAGCCAGGCAACGCAGAGCCGCACCAGGACCCACGCCACCCCCUGAGUCACCAGACACACGCAGGUCGACCCAACGUGUUUCCUGGCGAGAAUAGAUCUUCUGAAUACACAAGUCGGCCGUAACCGACUUGAAGUGAGCGUGGCCGGCCCGCCAUCUUCAAAACGCCCAAAAGGCUUCCCAUAUUGCAGGUACUUGUCAGCGUGUCCUUGGGGGGUUGCAACUGGCGCCUACGUUGGUGCUGGACAUUCAUCACAUGGCAGGUCUCGCAUUGCCAACAUGGGAAUCUUCUUUUCUUUUCUGACAGGCCAGAGGCUAGCCUGGUUAUUUCCAAUACUUCUUGUACAUUUAAUUUGAUUUUCACCGCAAAGGGCGGUGCGGUUUGAACUGGUUUACAAAGGCGCACAUGGAUUCAUCAACGCGAGCAAUGCAUAUGGUUUCGUCAGAUCCCUACGUGGCCUGUUCCCACGUAUCGGCAUCAAUGUGCCCAGGUCGCUCGUGCUAAUAAAUUCUUUCCGGGCCAGUG